GCAAGAAAUCCUCCCAGAAAGAUGAACCUGGAUGCUACUUACAACCGUGUAAAUUUAUUUGCACCCCGCCGACCGUUUCAGAAACAGAAAGUAUUCUAUUGUCUUCCUGUCUUUAUUGUCGUCUUUCGUCUGUAGACGCUUUGUCGCCCCAUAGAAAGUUGUAUCUUUAUCAUGAUGUUUAAUAUUGUUGUUCUCCCAAAGAAAAUUGUGGAUCAGCAUUCAGUAAUGGUCAAAAAAACCAUUGUCCUCCUUGUGUGGCUCCACCCGAGUUGUACCACUAUUAAUCUUCUCCAUCGGCUCUCGACAUUAUGGUUCACUCCCGCAAAAACAACUUCCACAAAACUUAUCCAUUCACUUUCCCCCACUUAUUCUACGGCAACAGAUUCCAGUUAUAAAAAUGUCGACGGCUUAUUUGAUGUUCCGUUUGCCGCUGCCUACCAGGCACAACUGCUGGGAACAAAGAGAACGCGAGGGAGAAAGAACAACAAUGCUGGAACAAUUUCUAGCAUGGGCCGCAGAACUACAGCACGAUCACAACAUCUCGGCAGGAUUAGUUCGAACAAAGCGAGGACCAGAGCAAGCUCUACAUCCCUGCUCCAGAAGCUGGCUGCUGCGUCGCGGGCUUCUACUUCCGCUGCAAAGGAACAGGUGCGUGAGCGGCUGGAGAAUCAAAGGGCCAGCACUGGCACUUCUACCCUAGAGAUGAAGAUGAAAAAUACGGAACUCGAAAAGCUAAAGGGCGUGGACUGCUCGCCCGUUCCGGGGAGCAGUGCUUGGGUGCCGGACUCGGUUAGCCGCGACAUUCAGCAUACCAAAUGCAAAUAUGUCUGGGUCUGGAAUAAAGUUGGAAAUUGUAAUGCUCGUCUUGCAUUCCUGUGAAAUCUGUAUUGCAUGACCAACAAAAGUGGUAGCCUUUCCUGUGGUCAUACAAAAACGCAGUUUGCCAUGCGGAGUUUGUGUGAGAAAGCGUUCUUUGUAAACUUGUCAUGCUUUCCUGCAUGAAGGGAGUGCAUUCCUCUUGCACAUUUUAGCAUCACAAACUUCCAGACCCAGACAUAUUUGCAUUUGAUACAGCAAGCAAUCAGGCAUAGCAAGUGUUGGUGCCUGGACCAGCAGAACGGGUCCGAGAGCAGCAACCAGAGACAGCUGGCGUUUCUAUCGCAAGAAAAAACUGUUACAGUUUUUACACAUAGUCCAUGCAGGCCAAGCAAGACAGACAAGCUCUGUCAUGCCGGAUGUGCAUAGGAGCCUCGUUUCAUAGGUGUUUAUUUCCUGUAGGAUUUCUGCAUUACAAGUUUCCUCUCUCAUACAGAGAAAUUUGUGUUGCUGAAUUCACUACAAAUGUGUACUUAACUGUAACACUUUUCUCGUGGGAUAGUUUCGCAACGUGAAAUACUGCACCGCAGACGGCUAUUUUCAGGAAAUAUCAAAUGUAAAAAUGUCUGGGUCUGGAAGAAUGCAACUUGUCAUGCCGUCUUUGGAAGGUAAAAAAAAUCUGUAUUGCAUGACCAGCAAGAGGAGUUCAGUUUGUGCUACGCGGAGCGCGCGUUUCUCGUGGGGAAUACGCAUCAGAAGGCCCCUUAAAAAUUUGUGAUGAUCGGCCGGGCAUUACAGACAUCAUGGGUUAUGCAAAAUAUGCAUGACAAACCUGGCAAUCUUCCAGACCCAGACACUUUUACACUUGAUAGGAAAGUGGCACGUUCUCCACCGCAGGCUGCACCACGAGCGAGCAGCAAGUCGGGAGCAUCGAGUCCUACAUAUCGUGAGUAAAAACGUACCCACACCAGAGUUGUCAUGCGACUUUGCCAUGACAGGAACAUUUGUGAUGCGCAACCCCAUGACAGGCAUUUUCAAUCGUGUUUGGGAACUUGUAAUGCUGUAAACAGGAUCAGCAGAUCGAUUUGUGAUGCGGCUUUCCUUGCUAACUUGCACUACCUUACGGACUGAAACUUGUCCUGCGUGACUCACAAAACUCCUAGGUUUGUGUUGCAAAAUCCCCAUCCUGACUCUGGUGUGGGUACGUUUUUACUCAGGAUACUACAACUACUUUCAGACGGCGCCAACUUCCUUUUCUCCCGGACAGCAGGACUACGAGUCCUACGACCUUUUCGUGGUCGGGGACGUGCAAUUCGGGUACAAGAGCACUUUCAAGGGCUUCGAGGUCUUGCCGGGCUCUUCGUACGCGACGCAGCAGGCGAGCGAGCGUUAUCCUAUGUAAAAACGUCCCCACCUCCCCAUAGUCAAGAUCAAGAUGGGAAAUCGGCUAGACAAGUCCACGAGUUUUGGCUGUUUUGCAUCACAAUUUGGAGUCGCAGUGUACUGUAGUGCUGUUUGAGGUAGUUCAGCAGCGUCACAGAAGAUCUCGUAUAUCAUGCUGAUUGGCGCAAUACAAAUUCCAAAACACGACCAGAAAAUCAUGCUUCUCAUGGGGCUCCGCAUGACAAACAUUUUGAGCAUGCAGAUUUGCAUGACAAGAACUCUGGGUAGGUGGGGACGUUUUUACACAGGAUAAGUGCGAUUUUUUUCACAGCGACACCGUGCAGGGCGCUGUGACCCAAGGUGUCAUGGCCUGCAAAGCGAACCGCGCGGGCUGUCAGUGGCAUGUAUCAAAUGUAAAAAUGUCUGGGUCUGGAAGAGUGCAUGUUUGUCAUGCUUGUCUGGCAUGACUUUCAAAUCUGUCAUGCGCGUUACCCAAGAGCCCCACUUUUCUGUCAUGUAGAAACGUAGUUUGUCAUGCAGAAUAGGCAACACCUUCACCUAGAAGCUCAGAAACUUGUCACGCUGAGCCAGCACUUGUGGCCUCCUCAUGAUACGCCACCCAGCAUCACAAGUUUCCAGCCCCAGACGCUUUUGCAUUUGAUAGCAUGAUGAGGCCCACAAUUUGCCCGCCGACGACGGCGGGGGUCUCGUCGAUUUACCUGGGACAACGGCGCUGCCCCCGGGCAACUACGCACGGCAGGAUGUGGUCGUGGUGGGGGACUUAACGCACCUCGGAACGCAGCCGCAGAUUGAAGAGUACUUCUCCAAAUUUUUGCACCAGUUUAACCCACGCAAGGACUGGUACGUGCUGCCCCUCCUGGGCAACCACGACUAUGAGGUGACGUAUGGGUAUCUGUACGAGCAAGCGCAGGUCGGGCGCCUGUGGUGCGGGAACGGAAGAGCGAUGGGUCAGUUGCAGUACAUCCGAACACUGGUAUCGACGGCCGACCGGGAUCCGGCGAGCGGUGACACGCAAUCCGGCUUCGCGGCCUCGAAUCGGUUUCCCGUCUCAAAAAGGGCGGCGACGAAAAGUGCGGAACAGUUCGGUACUGCGAGUGACACCUUCCGAAAAAACUCCGUGAUUGACGCUUUUCACCGGGAGUCCGGGUCCUACGCUUGGACCCAUCCGCACGACAAUGGCCGGUUCCGCAUGUUUGCCCUGCACAUGCACCCUGCCUAUGAAGGUACGUGCGCGCAGCGCGGCCGCGGGGCCGACUGCUUCCUAUUGAGAGGAAAAAUCCCCCCUCCCCAUAUUGAAAAGGUAUGUUUUCAGAAAUUUGUGUUGCGGAUUUGAGGUCACAAAUCACAUCUGUCUUGCAAGAAGACAAGGGCAGAAGCUUCCGCCCCAUUAUGGAAGCGAUUUGUCACGCUGUUGGGCCUAAAGGGGGGCCGUUUGCCAUGCUGAACUACUAGACCCAAACGCCCCGACCUAGCCUGGGGAUCUGGCCGCAGUGCCUCUGUGCAAUACAAAGCUGAUUUGUGGCCACAAAUCAGCAUCACAAAUUUCCGUUUUGAUAUGGAGAGGGGGGAUUUUUCAUUUUGAUACUUCCGGUCGCCGAGUCAGUGGUCCACGUACGGUGUGGAAGCCUGCGACGGGAGAACGGGGGUAUCAAAUGUAAAAAUGUCUGGGUCUGGAAGAUUCUGAGACUUGUCAUGCAUGUUUUGGAUGACCCAGGAUGUCUGCAAUGCACGACUACCUAGCAUCGCAGAUUUUAAGAGGGCUUCCCGAUGCCUACUCCGCAUGACAAACGCCCUCCCCGCGUAGCACAAACUAGACUCCUCUUGCUGGUCAUGCAAUACAGACUUUUUUAGAGACCAAAGUAAGCAUCACAAGUUCCAAUUCUUCCAGACCCAGACAUUUUUACAAUCCAUAGGGGGAUAGCCUCUACCACUACACCAACACGGCGCAUUGCCGUACACUGAACGGCCUCCGCCACAGUGUCGAUUGGCUCCGCGAGGAGCUGCGCAAGACCUGCGGCGACCCGGAGUGGCAGGCGUCGAGUCCUAACGGGUCACGGUACGCGGUGUUGUUUUUGCACAUUUUCACACGUGGCGCUGCUCACAAGGGGAUGACGCACGAAGUUAUCAACGACCUGGUGGACGACAGCUGUGUGAUUGCCGUGGUAAACGGGCACAUGCACGGCAACGUCGGCUGGCUAUCAAAUGCAAAUAUCGAUCUGGAUGUCUGGAAACUUGUAAUGCUGAGUUGUGAAUAGUGAUUUCUCGUCUGUAAUGCACAGCCAAGCAUGAGAAAUAAAAUAUUCGCGCAAGUCUUAGUGUUGGCAUGACAAGCUGCGUGUUGCAUGACGAGCGGAAGUAGGGUCUCUUCUUGGACACGCAUCACAAACUCUUCAGUCAUGCCGGACAAGCAUGACACACCUUGCAUCCUUCCAGACCUCCCGGACAUGAUUUUUGCAAUGCAUACUGGCCGAAUCGACACGUGUGGAAAAGCCGAAACAAGUGGAACGUAUCCUGAUGAAAAACGUCCCCACCCCAGAGUUGUCAUGCAGAUUUGCCAUGACAGGAACAUUUGUGAUGCGCAACCCCAUGACAGGCAUUUUCAAUCGUGUUUUGGGAACUUGUAAUGCUGUAAACAGGAUUAGCAGGUCGAUUUGUGAUGCGGCUUUCCUUGCUAAUUUGCACUACUUUACGGACUGAAACUUGUCAUGCGUGACUCCCAAAACUCCUAGGUUUGUGUUGCAAAAUCCCCAUCUUGACUCUGGUGUGGGGACGCUUUUAAUCAGGAUAGAACGAAGACGUUCCUUUUCUCUUCAGCGGCUCGCCCGCCCUGAACACGUGGCUGCGGAUGGAGUUUCGGGGCCGGUUGUCCCCGACGGAGGAGGACGCAGGUGCUGGGACUCUCUCCAACGAUCAAACGGGCUGCUUCUGGCGGUAUCAGGCGAUGUUUGACACGCACCCCAUCGAGACGGAGGACGCCGGGCUAUCAAAGUGCAAAAAGCCUCCUCCCCAUAUUGAAACGCAAAUUUUUAUUGCUGGAUUUUGUGUACACAAAUCAGCUCUGCAUUCCAGAAAGCGCUUGCAGGCAUUUCCUAAGCAUGAUUAGGUAUGAAAAAGGCUAGCACUCGGGCAUGACAGACAGCUUUGCAGUAGGCAAAAGCGCAUGAGAGCUUGGCUGUGGAAUGCGCCACACGGCUCCCAUUUGCCUCAUAUGCAAGACAAAGCUGAUUUGUGGUCACAAAUCAGCAUCACAAAUUUCCAUUGUGAGUAUGGGGAGGGGGGAUUUUUCCUCACGAUACGGGCAUCCGAAGUGGGGCGUUUACCGCCUCCCCGACUGUCGCACGACGACAACCACCCCCGCACCGGUAUCUUGAGCAAAACCGUCCCCACUUCACAGUUGUCAUGCAGAUUUGCAAUCACAGGAACAGUUGUAAUGCGCAUUCCCAUGAGAGGCAUUUUCAAUCGAGUUUUGCUUUUGGGAUCAUUUGUAUUGCUGUAAACAGGUUGAGGACAUGCGUUUGUGAUGCGACUUCCUUGGUGCUAAAAACCUUCACCACAAUACAGAGAAAACUUGUCAUGCGUGACUCUCAGAACAUGUAGAUUUGUGCUGCAGAGUUCCCAAUCAUUGACUCUACGGUGUGGACGUCUUUGUUCCGAAGGAUAGCCGGUGGACUGCGUCCUGAGUGAUUGGGCGGGCGACGUCAGUAGUUGUUCCCCGACCUGCGGGCCCGGGACGUACACACAGACGCGGUCGGUCGUCACCCCGGCCGUGGGGGCCGGCGUUCCCUGCAGCACAGAGAGGUCGCGGCUCCGCAAUUGCGAGUUAAGUGCGUGCCCCGUGGACUUAUCAAAUGCAAAUAUAAUCGAUCUGGCUCUGGAAAGAACUUGUGAUGCUAGUUUGCGAAUGGUGGGCGUAUACUUGCAAUACGGAGCCACGCAUGACAAGUUUCUGGGCUCCUUUGUUGUGUUUCGAUUUCCGCAUGGCAAGCUGCACUUUUGCAUGACAGGGAAGAGGCUUUGUUCCUGCUCGCGCAUUUUACAGAUUCAACUGUCAUGUGAGACAAGCAUGACAAACCUGCAUAAAAAUUCUUCCCGACCACCCAGAUCGAUAAUUGCAAUGCAUAGGACUGCGUGCUGAGUGAGUGGGCGGGCGACGUGAAAGAGUGUUCGGUUAGUUGCGGGGGCAUCGGUAUCCUUAGUAAAAACGUUCCCACACCAGAGUCAAGAUGGAAAACCUGCUACACAAAGCAGCCAGCUUUGUUUGUUCCGCAUGACAAGUUUGGCCUUGUAGUGUAAUCCUGUCUGGCUAGUUCAGCAGCAUCACAGACCAAGCAUUGCAUGCUGAUGCUAGCAUCACAAAUCGCAAAACACGGCUAGCAAAUGUUUCUCAUGGGGCUCCGCAUGAGAAACUUUUUUGGCAUGCAGAUUUGCAUGACAACGCUGGGGUGGGGACGUUUUCCCGCAGAAUAAUCGGCCAGUACCAGCAAGAGCGGACAAUCGAGGUCCAUCCAGUCGGUACCGGCCAGACCUGCGACGCGCAGAGGACGCGGUGGGAGGACUGCAACCUCGGGGUUCUUUGUCCGGUGGACUGCGUUUUGUCGGACUGGGUGGACUAUCAAAUGCAAAAAUGUCUGGGUCUGGAACAGUGCCAGACUUGUCAUGCAGGUUUUUCAUGAUUCAUGAGGUCUGGUAUGGACGACAUAGCAUGACAGAUUCUGUGAGAGUGCUAUCAUACCUAUCCUGCAUGAGGAACUGCUUCUCGAUUACUUAACUCAAAAGUGGGCAGCUUUUGGUAAUCAUGCAACACAAAUUUUUACAUGGUUCAGAUCUCGCAUGACAAGUUGCUUUGUUCCAGACCCAGACACUUUUGCAUUUGAUAUAGACAGCAGCGGCGCCUGCUCCGUCACCUGCGGGGCCGGCAUGCGGACUACACGGACAAGGGAGAUCAUCAGUGCGGACACCGGCGCCGGCCGCCCGUGUGAUGAGUUCACCCUGGAAGAACAGACACCGUGCGACGCAGAGACGACAUGCCCGAUAACGAGUACGACUACGGAUAGCCCCCCUCCAGCCGGAGGUGAACAAGAAGAUCUCGACUGCGUCAUGUCCGAAUGGGCACCCUUCGACCCUGUGGCCGACUGCACGGUUACGUGCGGAAGUGGGCACUACGUAAAGCGACGGAGCAUCUCCGUUUCACCCACGGGGAACGGGAAGAGCUGUGAGGCCAAGGAAGUCGUGGAAGAGUGCAAUUUGGAGGCAUGCCCGGUCGUGAAUACAAGUAUUACAGGUGGAGCGAACACGACCGGUAAUACUAUUCCCUCUCCUGACAUUAUGGGAGUGUCAGAAUCGAAAUUGACAAAAUCGAAAAUUUUGUGAUGCUCAAAAUCGAAGUCAGUUGGAGCGUCAAUUUCCAAGUGGCGCAUGACAAAUUUCGGGAGCACCUAGAUCCAGUCUCUCAUGCUGUUUGGGCAAAGAAGGCUGCUCCUGUCAAGCUACUUUGGCAGCACAUUGCAUACCCCUAAACAGGCUUGCAAUCGGUCUCAUUUGCCUGCCCCCCCAAUACAGGCCUUGCGUGCCAUACAUUUUAUGCAUUACAAGUUUUUCGAUUUUGUUGAUUUCGAUCCUGACACUCCCAUAGAAAUCGAUUGCGUGGUGUCCUCGUGGGAAGGGGACGCGGAAAAGGACUGCUCUGUGACCUGUGGCGAGGGUAGCUACGAACAAACGCGAAGGGUGCUGAUCGAACAAAGCGGGGCUGGAAUGCCUUGUAUGCAUUGCAAAUAUAUAUGUCUGGGUCUGGAAGGUUGCAACUUGUGAUGCGCAUUUCAGAUCACGCAAAAAUCUGUCUUGCACAAACAGCAAAAGCUGCGAAUGUUUGGGCAUGGUGAGAGCCGAUUUCUCAUGCAGAGUAGGCAUCGUGAAGCUCCUCUCGAAGAACCUGUGAUGCUGGUCCUGCAUGCCAGACACUCUGGGUCAUGCAAAACCGGCAUCACAAACACGAACACCUGCAUUCAUCCAGACCCAGACAUUUUUGCAGUUCAUACCUUGCGGGCCGCUGCACUGGACGCAGGUGUGUCGGCUGGAAGCCUGUGUCGGAAGCGAAGAACCUCCGGUGUCUGUAGCGCCCGAGAUAUGCAAGAAAAAAACUGUGUAAGUGUAAAUCUGUGAUGCAGAAAAUGCAAAACAGUAUACAGUUGUCAUGCUGGAAGUGCGUCAUAGGCUACUAUCAUACGUGUUUCCACUUACUAGCUGCGCAUGACAGGUUUUCCCUGUAGUGCAAAGCGAAUUUGUGAUGCUGCUCUUCCUUACAAAGUUACACUUACACAGUUUUUUUCCUGGAUACGAGAUGGGAGGAACAAGUGGGAAAAAUGCGACAACUAGUACGUCGUCAACGACAUCAUCAAUGGGGGCACCCCCUGGCUUUGUCUGCUGUUGAUUUUGAUAAAAAUGCCUCGAUUUGUUUUUGUAGGUGGGGCUGCAAAUAAAUCGUAGUAGCAACUUUGAACCGAAACCGUAGUAAGACAAAUGAAGAACUUUUUCACAAGACAAAAAACAUGAGCACACAAACUCUUUCACAGGACAAGGUAACUUUGUACAGCAUCACCUCAAAAGCAUCGAACCUCUGGCUCGACAAAAUUUAGACUUUCAACUCUUUCACACGUUUACGGCAGUUUUUUUCCUUUUUCUAGUCAACAGUAGCUUUUCACUUCGCGCUCUUUAUCUCUCUAUAAUUUGAGCGCUCCUUCAGCUGCCUUUAAGUUUUACAAAAAACUUGGGCAGCAACAGAGUUUGAAUUUCUCCCUCCUACCUGCAGUUCCUUUUUCUAAGGCAGAAGCCAAAGCAGCUCUGCCAAGUAGUAAGUACUUUUUGUUGAAAUUAUAGCGCUAACCAUGUGACGAGAAGAAAGAGCAACUUUCAAACGGUUCCACAUGACCAUCCUCAACAAACAAACAACAAGACACAGGAAG